AUGACUGUCUUGUGGAUCACAUUGUUACUUCUUCAUCAAGGGUAUACUUUGGUUCCACUGGUCACAGUUGAACUUGGUCAGUCAGUGAUUUUGACAUGUGCUUUUGCGAGGAAAUAUCAGAGCAACACAUGGCUUUACUGGUACAAGCAAAACGCUGGAGAUACUCUGAAUUUAAUCGUAAAGCAGCAGAAAAGCAUAAUCCCCAAGUAUGGACCACAAUUCCCUGCUUCAAGAUUCAGUGUAACAUACAGUGGGGAUAGCAGCAAUCUUACAAUUUCCUCUACAGUUCAAAGCGAUGAGGGAAUGUAUCACUGUUCUGAAAUGGACACACUGGAAUCUAUUUGGAGUGGGACUUAUUUAUCAAUAAAAGGAAACAUCAAGAGAACAUCAAGCUACACUGUUGUUCAGCAGUCAGUGAGUUCUGAUCCCUCCCGUCUAACAGACUCAGAGACCCUGCAGUGUUCACUCCUCUCUGACUCUGAGAACACAACCUGUUCAGGAGAUCCCAGUGUGUUCUGGUUCAGAGGCAGACCAGAUAAAUCUUCUCCAGAUUUUAUCUAUACUGAUGGAGAAAAAGCCGAAAAUUGUGAGAACAGAUCUGACUCUCAGAAGAGAUGCGUUUAUAACUUCUCUAAGAACGUCAGCUCCUCUGAUGCUUGGACUUACUACUGUGCUGUGGUCACAUGUGGACAGAUACUAUUUGCAAAUAAAAUGAACCUUAACAUCGAUAAAACUAAUAAUAUAAAUGUACUGGUGGUCACAAUAAUCUGUUUGAUCAUUUCUGUAAUUGGUAAUGUUGUCUCCAUCUGCAAAGCUCUUCUUCACAGAGGAUAUCCAACUUUAGCCAAAAAGGAAACGAUGUAA